AUAACACUGUCCGCUCUGUUAUUCCUUUAUCUGUUUUGUUUUCAUCGAAUUUUUCUUAUUUUUGCUAACAAACGAGGGCAUGGUGCAGCAAAUACUUGAUUUUACCAUUUUUUUUUUAUAAUUAUACAAAUAGGACGAAAUGGCUGAAAGAAUCUUAUAUGUCCCACGUGUCAAUCAGAUCGAUGCGAUUAAUUUAAAUCGAGAUAUUACUCGGCUAAUACGAGAUAAUUUAUUGGAAAACUUACAAGCGAUAUCACCCUCCUUAUUUGCGAAGAUACAGCCGGAAUUGGAUUUGUUUAUACAAUCUGCAAUUUGGUUAGGAUCCGUUGGCAAACAAUGCUCUACAUUUGGACAGCAAUUGCUUGUUUUAUCAUAUGACAAGGAGCAUUUGACUAUGUCGAGACUAUGUUUACACUUUAUACUAACAGUACUUCCAAAAUAUAUUAAAAAUUGGGAUGAUCGCCGAACAACUAUACGCGCCGAGUGGCUGCACAAGGCAAUUGAGUGGGGCGAAAAUGCGGCUUUACUGUUGUCUGUUCUCAAUUUUUUUCGUUUCUUGAAGACAGGUCGGAAACCAACUUUGGUCGAUUAUAUUCUUGGCUUGGAUUACAUUAGUUUACGACACAAUCAGAGGCGUGACAUAGGGUACAAAUACCUCACACGAGAACUGCUUUGGGGUGGCUUCAUGGAAAUUCUGGGGUUGCUGUUGCCGGUCAUUAAUUUCAGGAAAAUUCGACGUGUUUUUAACAAUACUCUAAAAAGUGUAUACUCACACCGAAAAACUUCGAAGGCGCACAUUGCCGAGGAGAACGUAAUUGUAAUGACUUCGAAUACGGUUUGUACCUUCUGCGGCGAACGUCCAACGAUACCUCAUCAUAUGGGUUGUGGGCACAUUUAUUGCUAUUAUUGCUUGUCGGCCAAUAUUUCCACUGAUGCAGAUUUCAAUUGUGUUGAAUGUGGCGCAACUUGUUUUAAUGGAAUUUGGGCAGUAUAGUUGCAGAGUAAUGCCCAUACAUACACACCUAUAAUGCCUAUGGAUUUGCACGUAUAUGUAUACCUCAAUUCAUAUACGAAUAAACAUGAUAAGGGGAUAAGGGUAAUUGUAGUCAUGUACUCGGUUUUAAAGUAUGUGUAAAUAAAAUAACUUUUUUUAAUAAUAGAA